AUGACUCACGGGAUCUUUGAUUUCCAAACCCCUUGUCAUGAGACAUGGUAUCCAACUCAUCCGAGACCGGAAGACCUUGGAGGAGUGACGGGAAUGAUGGAUUAUCACAGGCUCGUUUAUGCCUGUCAUUCGCAGUUAACUGUCAGGACUUUACAAGCCGGAGCAGAGAACUGCGAUGCAAAUUUAUUGCUAGCGGGCAGUAUUGUCGGGAACCCAUUUUCUAGCGUGCUUCGACUCCAUCUUCCAUGCCGUUUGCUCACCGGAAACUCCACCAGGAUGGAGGAUCAAGAUAUCAGCCAGCUAGACGAUACCGUUCAAUCUGCAACCCAUGACGAUGUUUCCGGCUCAGCGCUGAUCACACGGAAUGGGAAAAGACAGAUUUGGGUAAUGGUUGAGGAAGCUCCCCAUCCAUCCUCACCAUCACCAACACCAUCAUCAUACAUCAACCUGCUAGUCUUGAUCCUGUUGGAAGGCGCGGAUCGUUGUCCAUCACGAGGCAGGAUGUUUCCGGCCAGUUGCUAA